AUGUCAGUGCAAACAUUGCUGUUAGAUUUUUCAGUAGAUCCUGCCCGACUAGGUGACGAGUGUGGGCAAAAAACAAUAUUCGGACAGCUUGAAACCGUGCUUAAAGAUUACGUACCGAAUCUUAUAUUGGCUGCUGAUAUUAAAGUGGACGGUGGGUCUUUGAAAAUAUUGACUGGAAAAAAUGGUACUACGGUGUCGGUCAGACUAUUUGACCGAGGCCUUGUUACUGUUAAUAUCGAAUAUUACAAGGAGGACAAUGAAGAGCCACUAAUCAGCUUCAAGUCGGCGAAGGUAAUGGAAAGUCAGCUGAAAAAGUUCAUCACAUUCGUAAAAUCUCAAGCUUAUGCUCCCAUAAAACGGUGCUUAUUUAGCAGGUAUUACCCAACAUCAGAUGAAAGACUUCUUGAAUAUGACAUUGAUGGUGUUUUAUUUGAUGAACAAUCUCCAUUUCAAAGAGUCCAAAUUGUGCACUCAAAGUCUCUUGGCAAUAUGUUGGUUUUGGACGACUUACAGAACAUAUCUGAAGCCGACCUUAUCUACACAGAGACGCUCAUGCAAAGGGGAAAAGAAAGUUAUGAAGGGAAAGAAAUAGUCAUUUUAGGCGGCGGCGACGGCGCGUUACUGUACGAGCUGCUGAAGGAGAAGCCGAAGUUCGUCUGGAUGCUGGAGAUCGACGAGAUGGUGAUGGACGCUUGCAACAAGCACCUGCGCCCGAUCUGCGGCGAGGUGCUCGAGAGACGGAAGGGCGCCAACUACGAGAUAAUAGUCGAAGAUUGCAUGCUGACUGUAAACAAGUUCAUAAGUGAAGGCAAGAAAGUUGACUACAUAUUCGGUGACCUCACCGAUAUACCCAUCUCGGAGUCUGCGUGCGGUGAGCUCUGGGAGUUUAUGAUCACAAUACUUCAAGCCGCUUUCAAGAUACUCAAAACCACCGGGAAGUUUAUGACCCAUGGUAAUGGGGCAACAUCUCCGGAAUCUCUGGAGCUUUAUGAACAAGAGCUGAUGAAGCUGAAGCCAGCAGUAACAUACACAAAGAGCAAGGCCUUUGUGCCCUCCUUCCUGGAAGACUGGAUCUUCUACCAAAUAUCAUUCAAAGACAAUGACAAUGGGGACGCU